AUGUCUUGGAAGGUCUCGAAAGCGACACUUGCUGAUGUUCCCGCCAUAACAUCAAUCUACUCCCACGACGAGCCCACGCCAUUCAUAGAACUCUGCCUGGGGUCUUUGAACGUGCUGGCUUUAAAUUUCAACCAAGCGACACGUAUCGCUGAGAGCUUGCAAGACGAAGAACAAGCCUGGUUCGUUGCUCGAGAUGAGCGCAACAGAAUAGUCAGCUUUGCUGAGUGGCAUCUGCCCAACGAUGAGACAGACAGCGAAGAGCAGAUGGCACAGGAGCUUGCCGAAGCGCAGGAAGCCUACGAGGACUCAAUUGCACCUGGCAUGAACUCGAGCCUCGUGGUAGAAUUCAGACACCGAGUUACAAAACUCCGCAAUGACGUGCUGCGUGGACGGAGGCAUUACUUGCUCAUGAAUAUUGGAACGAUGAAUCAAAGCCGGCANAGGGGAGCGGCCACUGCGCUCGUAAAGAGCAUAUUCGAGGCCGCGGAUCGAGAAAAGGUUAGCUGUAUCUAUCUGGAUACGGUGGCCGAUGGGCCCGCCAGGAGGCUGUUUGACAAGCUGGGGUUUGAAGAAGUUGGCAGGUUCGAUAUUGAUCUCAGCAAACAUGGCGGCCAAGGCGUGCAUAGUCAGGUUGGCAUGAUUAGNAUGGGCUUGGGCGGCCGUGUAAGUCGUGUAGAGGAUUUGGAAAGGCAUGAAGGAGCGGUCGUGUGA